AUGAAGCUGCAGACGACUGCACGCCGUUGCCUGGUGCUGGUGCUCCAGGUGUUGGGUGCCGCGCACACCCUGGCCCCGGGCGAUGUCCGACCGGAGGUCCGGUCGGGACUGGGGGCCGCGAUCGGGGCCGUCCUGCUCAGCGAGUUCCGGCGUCCGUACAUCACGACGCGCAUCAGCCGCUUCAGCCAGACGGUCGAGGGUGCGCACGCCCUGGAGGACCUGGUGUCGGAGCUGCUGAGCGGGCACACCCACGGGCAGCUGGUGGUGCAGUACGACGCCGUGCCGGAUACGGCGGUGGAUCAUCGGCGGCCCUGGACGCACUGUCUGCUGCUGGCGGAGAACUACGAGACGCUGCGGGCCGCUUACCCGCGGCUGUCAUCCGCGAGGUACGACGUGUCCGGGUACUACGUCAUCGGGUUCACCGGCAACGACACCGGGCUGGCCACCGUCAACCGGCUGUUCAACGAUCUGUGGUCGCGCGAGAUCGUCAACGUGGUGGUUGCGUUCUGGGCGACCGCCGGAGUCCAGCUCUGGACGUACGUUCCGUUCUCGCCCGGUCUCUGCCGGGUCCCGAAACCGGUCCUGCUGCUCGACCCGGCCGGCACCAGGCGUACGGUGGAUUGGUUCGCUCGCAAGAACCUGCACUUCUACAACUGCCCGCUCCGGGUCGGAACCUUCGAGACGCGCCCGUUCACGCUGCUCCAGCGCGCCGGGGCUGGCGGGCUCGGCGGUUUCGAGGGGGACCUGCUGGCCAGCCUGGAGCAGAAGCUGGCGUUCACCGUCGACCUGCGUGUCCCCCCGCGGGCGCAGCAGUGGGGCCGGGCGGCGUUCGAGAACAGUACCGGCAUCAUGCGGAUGUUGUACACGGCCGAGGUCGACCUGGGCAUCGCCUGCCUCGGCGUGUCGUCGGAACGGAGCGCCAUGCUGAAGGUGGGCAAGGUGCACCUCACCACCACCCUGGUGCUGGUGGUGCCCCCGGGGCGCCCGUACAGCCCGUUCGAGAAGCUACUCCUGCCGUUCCGCAGCGCCAUCUGGUGGGUGACGCUCGGGUACGUCGGGGCUGGGCUUGCGACCAUCGCAGCGCUCUACUGCCGGCGGCGGCGGCGCUCGGGAGCCUGCUGGCGGCACGUGGUCGGCCACCGGGUGCCCUCCCCUGCCCUCAACCUCCUGCGCGUCCUGUUCGCCAGCCCCCUCACACACCCGCCGGCCGGGAAUCUGCCGCGCACGCUGCUGCUGCUGUGGCUCGGGCUUUGCCAGCUGCUCCAGUUCCUGUACCAGGGCUCCCUCUACCGCUACCUCCAGCUGGCCUCCACCCACCCGCCGAUGGCCACCAUGGACGAGGUGGUCCGCUCGGGGGCGCUCUUCCACGUCCCCGAGUCCGCGCGCCGCCUGUUCGAUCCGUUUCCGCGGCUGGUCCCGCGCCUACGAUAUCUACCGACCGUCACGGACAACAUCGCCGGGCGGCUGCGCUGGAUGGGGGAGCACCCGGACGACCCGGACACUUGCCUGUGCACCCGGGACCACGUGGCCUACUACAACCUGGCGCACCGCCGGGACGGCCACCACCUGUGGGUGGCCCGAGAGCCCGUCACCCUGUACUCCGUGACCGUCCUGUACCCGAAGCGUUCGAUGCUGACCAGCGGGUUCGACGAGCAGAUCGAGCACAUCGUGUCGUCCGGCCUGCUCAAGUACUGGGCCGCCCGCUACGGUGACUACGACUUCCGGCUGCAGCACGCCCAGGCCCCCGUCUCCGCCCCCACCCCCAUCCGACUCGGUGAGCUGCGCGGUGCCUUCGGCAUACUCGGCUGCCUGCUGGCCGUUUGCGUGCUCGUGUUCCUGCUCGAGUUCUGUGCACCCUGUACCGUGUCACGGUGCCGCCGGUACUUUGGGUAG